GUUUUUUAAAUUUUUUAAGUGAUUAUUUUUUUAAGUUUUUUUAAUUUUUAAAAGAAUGGAACAUAUGAGAUAAGAAAGAUUUCUAAAUAAACAAAAAUGCCUCAAACCAAAAAACCAGUUAAAAUGGUCCCCCCAGAUGGGGGUUGGGGAUGGAUGGCUGUAUUUGGUGUAAGCUUAGUUAAUAUAGCUACCAGAUCCAUAGAACCAUCAUUUGGAAUACUAUUUGGAGAUUUGCUAGAAGAAUUAGGAGUAGCAACAACUGGAGCUGCAGUAAUUAUGAGUAUAAUGGACGCUAUGAUUAAUUUAUCAGGAUUUUUUGUGGGUCCUAUUUGUAAAUAUUUAAGUUUUCGUAAAGUAUCGUUAAUUGGAUCGUUUUUAAAUGCACUAGGAUUAAUUCUUACAUUUUCUGCAACGUCUGUGAUGCAUAUUAUUAUAACUUACAGUAUUAUUGGGGGGAUAGGAACUGGAUUGGCCUCUUCCGCAACGUUCGUAGCUUUAAAUCAUUAUUUUUAUCAUAAACGGGGUCAAGCAGUAGGAUUAUCUUUAGCUGGUACAGCUCUCGGAAUGAUGAUAUUCCCACAAACUGUUAGAUUAUUACUAGAGGAAUAUGGAUUUCGUGGAGCAGUACUUAUUUUGGGUGCUUUAAAUUUACAUUCCAUUGUUGGUUCAACAUUAUUGCAACCAGCUAAGUGGCAUUUUAAACCAGAAAUUGAGGAACCCAAGGAAACAAAAAAACUUACAGCUGAAAUGGAGACUAUUACUGAAAAUGAUGAGGAUGAUAAUAUUCCAGAAGAGGACGAAGGUAUCGAAUUUAGUGCCAAACAAACAAAACCAGAAGCUCAGACUUUAUUAACGCCACCACCUUUAUUACAACCGCCAAAAACAGCACCAAUUAUUGUGAAUACAAAAAAUUCUUUCCCAGAACUAUACAGUACAACUGUGAAGAAAAAUUCAUCAGUAUCUACAUUAAGUAAUUUACUUCAAAAUCCAAAAAGAACGGCUUCAGUUCCUAGAAAUACUUCAACAGUAAGCUUAGGGCAAGCUGCAGCAGUAAGGCGAAGAAAAGAGUCUGUUAUAUCCAUGUCAAGUAUGGAUUUCACAGGAAGUAGUAUCCAGUUACAUUUAUCAGAACCUGUACAAGAAUUGGAUGAAGAUGGAGUACAAUACACAGGUUUACAUUUUCGACGAAGUAUAAGCACAACAUCAGCCGAUAAGGUUUUAGACAGAAUUGAACGAGGUCAAUCACCGAUACAAAUAAAAAUGACAAAAGCACCACAAUCAUUAUGGAAAAAACUCUAUAAUUUUUUGGAUUUAGAUUUACUAAAAGAUGGAAUCUAUCUAAAUUUAGUACUUGGACUAUCAUUAUUUUAUGUAGCCGAACAAAAUUUUAAAAUGGUUACACCAUUUUUCUUUAAGAGUAUGGGAUACACAAAGGCAGAUACUGCUUUUUGUUUGUCAGUCACGGCAAUUAUGGAUAUUGUUGCUAGAAUUAUUUUACCACCAAUUUGUGAUCGUCUUGCACCAGAUAUAUUGAGACGAAAAACUAUUUUUAUGAUUACUAGUAUUUUUUUGGCUGCUGGAAGAUCAUAUUUGGCAACGCAAACUGAAUGGUAUUCAUUAUUAACUUGGUUUACAAUAUGCGGAUUUGUACGUGGCUCUGUUCUGAUAAAUUUCACAUUAACUGUAUCAGAAUGGUGUCCAACGUUAGAAAAAUUACCGGCUGCAUUCGGACUACAAAUGGUGGCCAAAGGUUUAUUUGUUAUUGUUUUUGGUCCAAUAUUAGGGUUUAUACGUGACGAAACAACUAGUUAUCCAUUGCUGAUACACGUGCAAAGUAUUUUAAUGAUGUUAUGUGUUUUAGUAUGGUCAGUUGAAUACAUUAUUGUGUUCUGGAUUCAGCCCAAAAAAGAAAUAUUGAAGACGUGACAAAAACUUCAAAUUAGUUUUAAAAUAUUUUUUUAUCAUAAUUUUUAUUAGAUUUUAAUCGAUAAACUAAUCUAUAUAUAUUUUAUUAUAAUAUUUUUGAAAUAAUUAUUAGUUCGAGUGUACAAUAUAUACAGGCUGUGUUUUAAAAAAUUUGGCAUAGUACAGUAACAUUAUUUUAUCAAAAUAUUUCAUAAUAUUUUGUCAAGAAUGUCAUAGAAUUAUUAUUUGUCUAUCUACAGAAACAUUUGUGAGUUUUAAGCGAUGAGUCAUGUCACACUAGUAGAUACAAAAUCCAUUAUAUUGUACGAUUAUUCAUCGAUUAAUCGGACUAGUUUAUUCUGUAGAUUUAUUUGUAUAAUAAUGUAUGUAAUACCUUAUGAUUCAUUAUAGACAAUACUCUAUACAGAGUGUUCCAUUUUAAUCCAUUCGGGGAUAUAAUUAUUCAGAAAAAAAAUUAUUGAACUACGAAUGGAAUGCACACUUUAACAUGUCCCCUCAGAUAUCAAUAAAAUUUUAUGCACAAAACCUUUCUUCGGAUAGUAUAAGCAAUCAUUUAUUUCGUGCAUAACAGAAAGCUUUAGAAGUUAUAUUUCUAAAGCUAAUUGCAUUAUUCAAGCUGCCAAAUAUCAUUGUUUUGGCAUUGUUGGUGGAAAAAAAACAGUGAGAUCGCAAAUAUUUAUAAUUAUUUCAUUUCGCAUUUACCAUUUGACUGAUGUUGAUUCAUAUAUACUGCAAAUUUUUUCGUUAAUUUAGUCCCACUAAAAAGAAAGUGGAGCCAGGUGACCAAGAUCUUUAAAAAGUGCCUAGCAAGGAGCGGAUAUUCCCAUAUUUG